CUGCAGACUGACCCCUCCCCUUCCGCCCGUCCCUACCAGAAGCUUCUAGGCGGCAGCGCAGCGGCUCCCAGCGCAACAAUGAUCGGCCAGCAGGUCUUAGUACUCAACCAGAACGUGAAGAGAGAGUCAGGACGUAAAGUCCAGACAGGAAACAUCAAUGCUGCGAAGACGAUCGCUGAUGUGAUCAGGACCUGCCUCGGCCCACGGGCCAUGAUGAAGAUGUUGCUCGACCCCACCGGUGGAAUCGUCAUGACCAACGAUGGAAACGCCAUCCUCAGAGAGAUCCAGGUCCAGCAUCCGGCAGCCAAGUCCAUGAUCGAGAUCAGUCGCACGCAGGACGAAGAGGUCGGAGACGGGACAACCUCCGUCAUCAUCCUCGCUGGUGAGAUGUUGUCUGUAGCAGAGCAGUUCCUGGAGCAGCAGAUGCAUCCGACCAUCAUCAUCGGCGCCUACAGACAGGCUCUGGAGGACAUGUUGGACGCUCUGAAGGAGAUCAGUGUUCCCGUGGAGACGUCGGAUCGAUCUAUGAUGCUGAAGAUCAUUCACUCUGCGAUCAACACCAAAGCUCUGAGCCGAUGGUCCGAACUCGCCUGCAAUAUCGCGCUGGACGCCGUCCGCACCGUGGAGCUCGAGGAGAACGGACGCAAAGAGAUCGACAUCAAGAAGUACGCCAAGGUGGAGAAGGUUCCGGGCGGGAUUAUCGAGGACUCGUGCGUCCUCAGAGGAGUGAUGGUCAACAAAGACGUGACUCACCCACAAAUGAGACGUAUGAUCAAAGAGCCACGUAUCGUCUUGCUCGACUGCUCUUUGGAGUACAAGAAGGGAGAGAGCCAGACGGACAUCGAGAUUAGUAAAGAGGAAGACUUCGCUCGGAUUCUGCAGAUGGAGGAAGAUUAUAUUCAACAGAUCUGUGAAGACAUCAUCCGUCUGAAACCAGACCUGCUGUUCACUGAGAAGGGGAUCUCAGAUCUGGCUCAGCAUUACCUGAUGAAGGCUAACAUCACAGCUAUUCGCCGCAUCAGGAAAACGGACAACAACCGCAUUGCCAGGGCGUGCGGGGCUCAUAUCGCUAGUCGGACUGACGAGCUGCGUGAGGAAGAUGUGGGUUUGGGGGCGGGGCUAUUUGAGGUGAAGAAGAUUGGUGAUGAGUAUUUCACCUUCGUCACAGAGUGUAAAGAUCCAAAAGCCUGCACCAUCCUGCUGAGAGGAGCCAGCAAAGAGAUCCUGGCUGAGGUGGAGAGGAACCUUCAGGACGCCAUGCAGGUGUGUCGCAACGUGCUGCUGGACCCCUCCCUGUUGCCAGGCGGUGGCGCUGUGGAGAUGGCGGUGUCGAAGCGUCUGACGGAGCGUUCCCGUGCUCUGACGGGUAUCGAACAGUGGCCGUACCGCGCUGUGGCCCAGGCUCUGGAGGUCAUUCCCCGAACCCUGAUCCAGAACUGCGGGGCCUCGGCCAUACGAGUGCUGACCUCUCUGAGGGCCAAACACACGCAGGACAACAGUGUUAGCUGGGGAGUGGACGGAGAGUCCGGCGCUCUGUGUGACAUGACCGCUCUGGGCAUCUGGGAUCCACUCGCCGUCAAAGCUCAGACCUACAAGACUGCUGUGGAGACGGCAAUUUUGUUACUGCGCAUCGACGACAUCGUCUCUGGUCACAAGAAGAAAGACAAAGACGAGCAGAUGGGAGGACAAGGAGCCGAGUAGAUCCACGUCAGAGUCCCUCUGUCUGUCUGUCUGUGUGCGUGUGUGUGUGUGUGUGAGAAUGCAUGUGUGGGGACCAGACUCAUCAAACGUAAUUAAAAAAAAAAACAAGUCAAUAAAGUUAAAGUUUGAACCAGA